CAGAGAGCGUAUUCGUACAUGCCGCAGUAGAACUGCGACGAGAACGCUGGCAGCAAGGGGAUCAUGGCUGUGUCGCAGCCCAGGCAAGAAAAAGAGGACGACGACUGCUCUUUGCUGCCUUUGGUUCACGAAAUAAUUAAAUGCAUGGACAAGGAGAGCCCGGACGUGCACCAGGAGCUGAGCAAGCUCAAGACAAAGAUCCAGGAGGCACGGGAGCAGAUCUCUGCCAUGCCCGGCAUCGAGAGCAGCCCAGUGGAGCAGCAGCAGCAGCUGGCGACGCUGCGGGAGCAGGUCCGCACCAAGAACCAGCUGUUGCAGAAAUACAAAAGCCUAUGCAUGUUCGACGUACCCAAAGCGUCUUGAAUUCAGAGAUGGACAAUGAAAACACUGACUGGAGGAGCGCAGAAAUUCAAAUUAACAGGGACGCUUGGUUUACGACAUCAAGCGAGCUACGGUGGCCCACGAGACACAUUUGUUCGGAUGGAGGACAACGAUUGGAAUUUACUUGGGGACGACGACUGGAUUACGCCAAUAAUUUGUUAAGCAAUAUAAAUCAUAUAUUAUUAUUUGGGGGGGAUGUGUGAUGGUUGUUUCAGUAUUAUUUUGUAAUAAACACUGUAGAAUCACAAA